AUGGAACUGGCAACAAGGCGAACCUUCGAAACUCGCUUCGGCGCAGCUGCGGUCAUGUUAUGGCUGAAACUAUUCGGCCUAAGUUAUUCUCAAAUCAUCAAAAGCUGUAAGUUUCUGCACCAAAGCCCCUGCCUAUUAUCUACUUUCAAUGCAAGCCUUUCAGCUGAGACUUCAUCGUCUACCGAAAAAAAUUUGACCGAACUCGAUUUCACCAAAUUUGUCAACGACGAGCAGAAACUGUUCAAGUGA